GGUAUGAGAAGUUCACGUGGCAAAAGAUUUUGCCACUUGCUCCUGCUAGCUACUAUGGUGGGUGAGGGAAAUGUAAACAUUGGCAGACGAACAGAGAUCAAAGUACAGCUCUUAAAACAAGAAACUUAUUUUGCCCAACCUGAAAUUUAUGAAAUCAUCGCUGAUAAUUCCCGAUAACUGCUUUAACUUGGGUAGCCAACCUUUGCGGUUUCGCCCAGCAUGUCUGCCAAUAAGAACACUGUCGUUGUAACUGGUUUUGGACCUUUCGGACAGUACAAAGUCAAUGCUAGCUGGGAAGCUGUCAAGUUAAUUCCGAGUCUCUUGGACGAGACAGACAUCAAUCUCAUUAUCGAGGAAAUACCAGUUGAAUAUGAAGAAACGUGGACCAAAAUCAGUCAACUUCAAAAAGAACACACACCAAUCUUGAUGAUUCACGUCGGGGUAUCUCACAAGGCAAAAACGCUGACUUUGGAAACCUGUGCUUCUAAGAAUGGAUACAGUAAGCCUGAUGUAAAAGGGAACAUGCUACCUGAACAGGAAUGUUGUAUUGGGAGUGAGCAACGUGUUUUCACAAAACUUGCAGUAGAAAGGCUUGCUGAGGACCUGAACAAUUUAAGACUUGGAGUAAAUUUUUGCACAUCCAAUGAUGCUGGUUUGUACCUCUGUGAAUUUUCUUACUACACAUCAUUGUGUGUGAAUGGGCAAAGCAGUUUAUUUGUUCAUGUCCCAGACAUUGGCAAGCCUUAUUUUCCUGAACAAACCGCCCAAGGUAUUUGUGAAAUUAUUCGCCUCGCUGUUGCCCAGAUUAAUGAAAACAACUGUGAUAAUUGUAAAGAUGUCAUUAACAAUAUUAUUACAUGAUCAUUCUGCUACUUGUAAGUGUUCUGUUUUAGUUGGUACAUACCUGAGGCAUUAGUUAUUCUUCAAGGACCACUUUUCAAAAAAUUUUGAAACAGAUUUUAUCGCAUUGUAGAGGUUUUACUGAGACUGCAGCAGGUGGUUCCACAACUGCCCAACAGAUUGCAAGUGCCAGCCUGCUGAAAGUACUUGAGCUGAAUCACAUACCAUACUUUCAAUCUGUUGCUAGAUUUUGGAGCCUCCUCUCCAUGAAGGCAGGCUUGAAUGUACAGCAUCUGGUUUCCAAGCUUUCUCAACAAUGUUAACAAUUUUUUUUAAAUAAAAAAGGAUUUUUAUGAAUAUUUUACAACAAA